UAGGGGGAGCGACGCCGCCCGAAAGUUGUGGCUUGUGUAUUGACAUCCUAAAGUGGGGUUAUAGAAAAAAUUAAUCCAAGGGUUUUGAUGAAGAUUUUGUUUAUAUUUUUGGGGAAGAAGUGUUGACAGGAGGUGAGGAAGAGGUUGUGCUGUGAUUGGAACAAGUCAAUAAAAAAAAUCAUAAAAAUGGCGCUGAGGACGUACGGCGACAAGCCCAUAAGUUUCCAAGUCGAAGAAAAUGGGGAGUACUACUGCAUCGGUUCAGAGGUCGGCAACUACCUCCGCCUCUUCCGUGGAUCUCUCUACAAACGCUACCCAGGGAUGUACAGGAGAUCAAUUACAAACGACGAGAGAAAGAAAUUGGUCGAGUUGGGGCUGAGUCAACACGUCUUGGCCUCUAGUGUCUCCCUUCUAAGAGCCAGCGAAGUGGAAGACAUAAUCGAGGGAAAUGACGACAAAUAUAAAGCUGUGUCUGUACACUCUACUGAGCCGCCUGCACCGAGAGAGGGAAAAUCCAAGAAGACGAUGCCCUGGGUGCCUAGCUUACCCAACAGCUCGCAUUUGGAUGCUGUACCACAAGCUACACCCAUUAAUCGGAACAGGGUUCAUAAUAAGAAAGUCAGGACGUUCCCAUUAUGCUUCGACGACACAGACCCCUCAGCGAACCUAGAGAACGCAGCCCAGCAGGAGCUCUUGGUACCGAUCCGGCUGGACAUGGAGAUCGAGGGACAAAAAUUACGUGACACAUUCACGUGGAAUAAGAACGAGAGUCUCAUAACUCCCGAGCAAUUUGCAGAGGUUCUCUGUGACGAUCUCGAUCUCAAUCCAUUGACCUUCGUACCUGCGAUAGCUCAGGCAAUCAGGCAACAGAUCGAGGCCUUCCCCCAGGAGACGAUCCUCGAAGACCAGUGCGACCAGCGAGUCAUCAUCAAGCUGAAUAUUCACGUGGGGAACACAUCGCUGGUGGAUCAGGUGGAGUGGGAUAUGUCAGAAAAGGAGAACAAUCCUGAGAAAUUUGCUAUGAAACUCUGCGCCGAAUUGGGACUCGGUGGGGAAUUCGUUACUGCUAUUGCUUACAGUGUCAGGGGUCAAUUAUCGUGGCACCAAAGGACCUACGCCUUCUCCGAGGCUCCAUUGCCGACCGUCGAGGUGCCCUUCAGGCCCCCCUCGGAGGCAGACCAGUGGGCACCUUUUCUCGAGACACUGACUGACGCCGAAAUGGAGAAGAAAAUCAGGGACCAGGACAGGAACACUCGACGCAUGAGGAGACUCGCCAAUACCACCCCUGGGUGGUAAUUUUCAGGGGAAAAUGAGGGACGGAGAGUUGAUGACCAUAUUUUGGAGGUUACAAUUAACUAGAGUUCAGCAUUUGAUAUUUCAGUGAUUAUUUUUCAGUUUAAUUCUGUGUACUUUUGGUUAAUAAAUGUUUUUGGACGGAUCGUACCUUUUUAAA